UUACUAGACUCCCAGGCAGCAAUAGAUCGGCUUCGACAUCAGGGAAUAAGCCCUGGACAGGGUCUAGCCAUCCGGGCCCAUAGAGCUGCUCAGGCUCUAGAAGCACGAGGCAGACAGACAACAAUCCAAUGGGUCCCUGGGCACCAUGGCAUUGAGGGGUAUGAGAGGGCAGACCAGGCGGCUAAGCGGGCGGCAGCAAAGACCCUCAGGGGAGGGCCUAGUGAGCUCUCUAUAGCCUAUACCAAUGGGGCUCGUACAGAAGCAAUCAGGGCUC